AUGGAUGUUCUCCUAGAAAAUGUUAUAGCAGGUGGUCUUAACCACGAUCCCGCCAGCGAAGCUUAUUUAAAAGACGUUCUACAGCUCAAAAGCUCUUAUGAUGAUUACUUUUCGUCGCUUCCUAUUCCUGGAAGCAUUGUGGAGGAAAUAGCCGAGACAGAUGCCAAGAUGGCCCAAUUGGAACUGGAACUACGAAGUUUGCUGUUGGAUAACAAAACCACUAUCUUGAAGUCCUCGCUUGACGUGUCGGUGUCACUUGAUUUGAAUAAUAUAUUAAAGGAGAUGGACGAGCUCUGGGAGUUGAGAGGCGGCACACCGACGCACAAGGAAAAUCAUCAAUUCGAUGAUACUUUAGCCGCUUUGCAUAAAGAAAGACCUGCUCAAGAAACCAAAGACGGAUUUGCAGCUGCGCUGCAAAAUCUUAAAAUCCAGGAGUCCACGGGAACUCAUGUCAUAGAUGAUCUAGGUCUCGCGCUAGAUAAUAUGCCCGGAGUCAAUGAUAUUUUGGAGCUGCCAUCGCUGGUUGCUGUUUGCAUCAAGAUGGGGCAUUAUAACGAAGCAAUUCUUUGCCAUGUUCAAGCCCAAAAGUUAGCGGCUAGAUUCCCAGAUAUUGAGAUCAUCAAACAGGUAGUCUCUACGAUUACGGAAGAAAUAACAACAAACAUGCUACAGGGCCUCGUUCGUCUUCUGGAAACCAACUCGGUGAUAAACACCAUGAAGAAAACAGUAGGCUUUCUGCACUCAAUACCGCCAUUCACCGAAAAUGACGAUGCGCUCCUUCAAGUUUUUCUCACGAUGCGUUUCAAUUUUAUAUAUGCGGAAUUACGCUCCUACGAUGCGCCAAAGGACGCCAGCGACGCAAUUUGCGAAAUGUUGAUGAAGAGAAAAAUCGAGGCCAUUCGAGAGCACGCAUACAAUGCAUUUGUGGUGAUUUCUUCGAUAUCCAAUAUUUCCACUCAAGAUAUUGCUCUGCCCAUAUUCGAGGAAUUGCAACCAGCUAAGCCCACAAACCUGAGCAUUUUAGUAUUCGUCAAAAAAUGCAUCGACAUGCUAGUUGCAGACCUAAACAGCUACAAAAGUGUUCUUUCAGAAUCUGUGUGUCUGCAAUUGAUAUACUGCUCCUUCAGGUUUGCCGAUUCUAAUCCAAACUAUCACCGGAUUUUCAUUCAAACGUUGUGGGAAAAGAACAUUUUUACCAAGGAUCAAUUGUUGACUGCCAUGGAGAAAAGACGGGACCUGGCGACCAAAUAUCAUUGA